UUUUUUGGCCAAACUGAAGUAAAUAUAGGGUUUGCAUCAUGCUUAAGCACAAGAGGGGAUUUUAAAUACACUGCCUGGCUAAAAAAAAAAGGUCGCCACCUGGAUUUAACUAGUCAAAGGCGGAGACAUGGCUGGACUUGUGAACUUCAAAGAUGAAAAUGAAGUAAAAGAGUUCCUGGAUAAUCUAGGAAUGGAGUACAGCUUUCAGUGCCACGGCGAGAAGGACCCCGAAGGCUGCCAAAGACUCGCAGACUACCUGGAAGGAGUGAAGAAGAACUUUGAAGCAGCAGCACAGGUGCUCAAAAACAACUGCGAAACUAAUGGACAUGGAGACAGCUGCUAUAAACUGGGGACUUACCAUAUUACUGGAAAAGGGGGACUGACCCAGUGUUUGAAAACCGCAUACUCUUAUUUUUCACGGACCUGCAAUUCUGGUGGAAAGAGCGCUCCUAUUGCCUGUCACAACGUUGCCCUGUUGACUCUUAAUGGACAAGCUGUGGAAGGCAAGCCUGAUCUGACAGCAGCACGUCAGUACUAUGAGAAAGCCUGUGCUGCUGACUAUGCUCCUUCGUGCUUCAACCUUAGCGGCUUGUUCAUUGAAGGCAAAUCAAAAAGUUUCCCUCAUGAUAUGGAACAAGCUUUAAAGUAUGCCAACAGGGCCUGUGAGCUGGGACACAUGUGGGGUUGUGCCAAUGCAAGUCGUAUGUACAAAAUGGGUGAAGGAACGGCGAAGGAUGACAAAAAAGCAGAGGAGCUUAAAAAUCGAGCAAGGCAUCUUCAUGGUUUAGAGCAAGAAAGGCAACUCAAAUUUGGGUAACUAGUAUUAAACAUCUGCUAUUAUUUUGGUGUGCCUGAUUUGCCAGGUUGAUUGUGAUAUCCACUUUAGAAGUCGUUCUAACUUUGAAAAAUGUUCAAAUAAAGUAAAAUAAAAUAAA